GUCAAAGCCCGGAAAUGAGGAAGGAAAGGACUGGUAAAUUUCAUAUGGGAAUUGAUGCUGCAUCCAGACCGACUUUAAUUGAUCAGAUCACAUUGAUCGCUUCUUCUAGAGGAUGCUGAAUGAAAAGUGAAGAUAUUCUUCAGGACUGAAGCUCUGCGUCCCUCCAUGAUGCUGCACUGGACGCCAAUGUGAGAAUGAAUCGAGACUUCUGAGCUCCAGGAGCCUGAGCCAGCAGCAGCAUCAGGACCAGCGUCAGGACCAGCGUCAGUCCUCAUACGGAAAAAACUAAAACGCGUUUCUCCUCAAGCCAGCCGUAGUGAGUGUGUCCCUGGCGGGCCGCCGUCGCGAUGGGCGAGAACAUGUCGAAGAGGCUGAAGCUCGUGACGGGCUCAGAGUCAGAGAUGGAGGAGCGCAGCUUCACAAACCCUUUCCCGGACUGGGAUCAGGGAUUGAUGGUGUCCUCGACUGCAGGAGAAGACGACAGUAACCCUAACGAGCCGUUUGAUGCGAACGGAAAGAUCAGCGAUGCUUUCCAGAAGAAAGUGCAGAGCAAAAUCAAAGACCUUCUCCAACAAAUGGAGGAGGGCCUCAAGACUGCAGAUCCACAUGAUUUUUCCACUUAUACAGGCUGGACAGGCAUAGCCCUGCUGUACCUGCAGCUUUACCGUGUGACGCAGGAAGCCUCGCAUUUGCAGCGCGCUCUGGAUUACGUCAAACGCACACUGAGGAACCUAAACGGACGGCGUGUCACCUUCUUGUGCGGAGACGCCGGGCCUCUAGCCGUAGGCGCGGUUGUUCACCACCACUUGAAAAACCAGGCCGACUCCCAGGAGUGUCUCACUAAAUUGCUCCAGCUCCAGCGUUCAGUGCUCAGCCCAGACUCCGACGUUCCUGAUGAACUUCUGUACGGACGAGCCGGCUACCUUUACGCCCUGCUUUACGUCAAUAAAGAAAUCGGGCCGGGCACGGUGGAUGAGACCACCAUCGCCAAGGUGGUGACGGCUAUUUUGGAGUCGGGGAAGAACUUAUCUAAAGAGGAGAAGAAAAGCGAGCGAUGCCCCCUGCUGUACGAGUGGCAUAAGAAACAGUAUGUAGGAGCUGCUCACGGUCUGGCAGGCAUUUACUACAUGCUCAUGCAGCCGAGUGCUAAAGUACACCAGGACGUUCUGAACGAGCUCGUCCGGCCCAGCGUCGAUUACCUGCGGCACAAGAAGUUCCGGUCCGGCAAUUACCCAUCAUCCCUCAGCAACGAGACGGACAGACUGGUGCACUGGUGUCACGGAGCUCCCGGAGUCGUGCAUAUGCUCAUCAUGGCUCAUAAAGUCUUUAAGGAUGAGAAGUACCUGAGAGACGCAGUGGAGUGUGGAGAGGUGAUCUGGCAGAGAGGGCUGCUGAGGAAGGGUUACGGCAUCUGUCACGGCACCGCCGGCAACGGAUACGCCUUCCUCUCGCUUUACCACGUCACACAGGACAAGAAGUACCUGUAUCGUGCCUGCAAGUUUGCUGAAUGGUGUCUCGACUACGGAAAACACGGCUGCCGCAUUCCUGACCGGCCGUAUUCCCUUUUUGAAGGAAUGGCUGGAGCCGUCCAUUAUCUCUCGGAUGUCGUCCAGCCCGAGGGUUCCAGCUUCCCUGCUUUUGAACUUUGACCUGUGCGUCUGGAUUCAUAGACUUUUACUCCCUUUACAUGCUUUUACGGCAUACAUUUGAUGGUACAGUAAUGCGUACGUCGCCCUGGAUGGACCCUUUAAAAUGGACGCAAAAAAAAACAACCUUCAGCCUAUAAUUUCAAACAGCGCCACCUUGAGUUCGUAGCUUCUACCCUUUAUCAGUGUAUUGCUGUUUUUUUUUUUAUUAUUAUUAUUUUUUAAGCUUAUAUAUGAUUCAGUUCUUACAGCACAUCACCGUUUGCAUGCAUGUCGGUUAAUCGCAGUGCCUCGAUACGACUGUCUGUCGCGCGCUGGAGCGUUCGUCCGUCUCCACGUGAAAAGCGUCUGUGUUGUGUUUGUCUUUGCAUGAGGAUGGAAACAUGUCGGAAUGUGUUUGUGUGCCUUUAGGUAAACCUAUCCAGUAUCCAGCAUAGUGUGCUUGUCAAGUAUGUACCGUGUUUCGUUCCAGUCGCCGUCGGUCAAUGUCUUGAUGAAAGAAAGUAUUCAUUAUACCUGAAAGAAUGUAAAUAUUGUUUCCUCAGGCAAAAUGUGUUAUGAAUGUCACAAUAAAUUGGGCUUUUUCUGAA